ACACCAGUGAUUUCUUGGUUUUGCCGGAGCACUCUGUCAAAAUGCAAUUCUCUAUUCUGCAUGAUUUGUAAAUGCCUUCUCAGAUAGAACGUGAAAACAUUUUCUUUUGUUUAUUUCCUCAUUGUUUUCUUUCAAGUGAGAAAAGAGUUAGGAUGUAUAUAAGCACAGCUGUGUUUUUAUUGAAACUAAAUGGGAACUUGCUACAUCGCUGCUGAGAGCAAACAGCACACACACCACAGCCACGAAACCAGCCAUUCAAGACAUGAAGAUGAAGGUCAGAUCAGACCGUUUAAAGGGCUAAGAGAAGGACCACUUGAAAAGAUAGAAUAGGAAGAAACGGUAACACUUAUUAUAGCAGCCAUAUGAUUUUCUUUUUCUUUUAUUUUUUUUACUAUUAAAUAUUUGCACAUUGGACUAACCUGAUUUUUUCUUUCCAGUCAUAAUGUGCAAAAGAAGAAAAUGUAUGAAUUUCAAAAUUUAAAAUCAUACUCAUUUUAUAUGAGUUUUUGAAAUUUUUGAUUAUCUUCUGACCAAUAUAUAGAAUUUAAAAGAUAGCCAGUAUUUCAAAUACAUCAUGCUGCAUUUGUGUGGAUAGCGAACUCUCUCAUUCAGUCUCUCUUUUGCUAGCAGAUAUAAUUUCCCCAUGGAUUAAUUAGGGACCUAAAUGACCUUUUACUGCAUGUAUGUCCCAUGAAGACAAAGUGCAGUGCUAAGACAAUCUUGCUUGCUAUCACUACAUCACCAAGUUGCUCUGCUAAUGCUAGGAAAUAAUGAAUAUACCGUGUGUGGCAACAAAUACAUAUCAUUCAGUAAUUCAAAGUAUCCUACAGGUAAAUGCUUAAGUUAGCCACAGUGUGAGAGAACCUUUUGGUAUCACAGGUGCUAAUAUAUUUUUAUCCCAGGGCUCCCAGAUUGAGGACAUCAUCUAUUAAUGUACUGGUAAUACUGUAUGUGGCCUGUGAAAUGCCAUGUUACCGCUUCGGCUCUGUUUACUUGUGAUUGAGCUCCAAGAGACAUCUUUUGUUAUGUAAAUCUAUCACGCAGCAUGAUAUUCUGCCACAGAUUCAAGGUCAUCAUUCAUUGCUGUACAAGCAUUGCUUUUAUUCACUGAUUAAAAAAGAGCAUCAUGAGAUUCUCGAAGAAAGCAUUAGAAAAAGCUGAUGACAUUUGCAAUGAAAAGAGAUGUUAACUACAAAAAGAAAGGAAAAAAAGAUUGAUUGUAUGCUUGCUUGGAUGGAUGCUUCGAAUUAGCACUUUCUUCAGUCUCCUUGAAAUGAAAGAGCUUGCAAAGCUACUUCUGUCAUUUAGAGAUUUGGUUGCAUGACCAGCACACAUCUGACUCUGUUCUGGAAAUUAUUCACACACCAAGUCAGUUAAAUUACUCUGGCAUUCAAGCUAUUAAGCCAAUUUUGCUAUACAUCUUACAACUCAAUUUAUUGUACAGCUGAAAUGGUGGCAGAAUUGGAAACACAAACCAUUAUCAGGUUGAAACAUUAGAUGCAUUUCGCUCGAAAAUUAGAUUAUGCUUGGAACAAGUGAAACUAUUUGAAUGCUUCGAUUUUUAGUUGAGAAAAAGUCCAACAGCAAUUUGUUUCUGUAGCUUCGAGAACAGAGACCUAAUGCUGUUAAAUCCAGACCAAUUGAUUCCAUUGAGUUAUGUUUAGAAAAUGUAUUGGCUUAAGCAGAAUUCGCACAAUAAUGGAAAGUGAUGAAAAGUUAUUUAUCUGCAAUUGGUGUUGACAAAUGCAUUCUAUACUUCCUGUUUAUUGUGAAGAACUAAAUUGCUUUGCCUUACUCUUAUUGAAUUGAGACCUAAAUUAUCGUUUGAUUUAGUUGUGCUGUGAUCUGUUUUCAUGGGGCACUGCUUUAAUUGGUUGUUAUUGCAUUCUGUUGGCUUCAUCAGCAUGCAUAAGUAUUGAAAGGAUAUUUCUCCAUUAAUAAACAGCUUUUGUUUUCCUCCUCCCCCACCACUGAAAACCAUUAAACUGUCCAUGCUCUCUUGCAAAGCGUCAUCAGCAUGAAGGAAGAUGGGAGGAUUACCAGAUUAGAUUGACUGCAAAAACUGCAUUUUCUUUUUUGAAGUGUAUCAUAGUGUCUAUAAUUCCUUCGGAACAGCAUAAAUCCUCCUUAUUUCAUGCCAUCACAUCUCCUCAGUUCUCACCAAAAAAAAAAAAAAAAAAACUUGCUCCAUGUAAUAGAACGGUUCACUGUGGAUCAAUUCCAUUACGUCCAAGACUUGGAGCUUGUUUCUUAAAUAAUCAUGCCAUAACCAUUUUGCUUCUCCUUAUACUUCACAGUGCUUUUCUUUCAGUCUAGAUGCAAUGAAAUGAACAAUAGCCACUGUUACCUGUCAGAUUUCAGUCAUUUACAACAAAAGGGUGUCCACAAUGAGAUAGCGUCUCUGACAGUUGCUUCUAUUUUCUGUGAUUGACAUUGUCUGUGGUGACAGGGGGUGGCAUGUUGAGGAUGGGAGGACAAGGCUGGAUGUCACAAUCAAUUGCUGUCAUCGCACUGUGAAUGGAGACACAAGACAGUUAUAUAGACACACCAGCGCUGAAAUGAACAUCAUGAAAGCCUGCAGGCAAUGUGUCAGCCAUUUUGAUUACAAUGUUGACUGUUAAAUCUAAUAAAUUGCCAUGUUGCGUUUUACCUUGUUGUUAGUCAUGCAUCGGGAUACUUUGUUUAUGCCUUCAAGUGAUCUGCUAAAUCUACAGAUGGGAAUAUGCCUGAAGCAAAUGAACGUCAACAGAUUGAGUCGUAAAUCAAUUAUAUUGUUAAUGUGGAAAAAUGGGGAUGGAUUUCACAGGGCCUUCAUAUACAAGCUGACAAUUAAUUGCCAUUUUAAGCAAUAUUAAUUUAGUUACAUUUUACAUUGAUCAACAGAACAAAAAUCAUUUGGCUAGCAGUUUCCCUCAACAUAUUCUACAUAACUCAGAUAUCUUACCUGUAGCUUUAAAUGGUGUUAAAGAAAACAGCAAAUUCUAUGCCAUAGAAACCACCCAGAAAUCAACUGACUUUCAGCAUGAUAUUCAGACACACCUUCUGUUCCAUCUGACAGUCCCUCUGGAACAAACUGACUGACAGACAAAUAUGUGAAUAUUUGCUUACACGAAAUCUGCUAUCGCGCAAAAAUACAGACAACAAUGCAAGCGAUUCCUAUCUCGCUCUCUGUACAGGUGGGGAGGGUGAAAUCUCAGUUUGGAGUCUCAGUCUUCCUCAUUUCAUCCGACUACAGCAGCGUCACACCAUCAGCUCAGUCCCAUCAUUCGAUGCAGUUUUGAGUAAUCAUUAAACCUAAAUGGAUUUAUUGUUCUCCAAUAUGCACGUGCCUAAAACAAUGACCUGUUGCUAUUUUUGGCACUGUUCUCUUCGCUGAACGACUGUAAACUCCCUGUGCUAUAUAUCGGGAGCAUCAUCUCAGGGAACGGACUCUCUGGCGGAGCGCAGGACGGGAUGGCAUCGCAACAGCGCGUUUAGGAAACGGGAAUGGGAAGUUUACACGAUCGCGGAUACUGGCUAAAAACACGGCUUUAAAGGAAGUUUAAAAAGUAAUAAUCUGCAAUAAUUCAAUGAUCGGCUCUGAAUGAGCUGCUCUGUUUGUUGACUGUUAAUUCUUCACAUUAAGCAGCGCUGGAUCUUCGGGCACAAUGAAAUCCAUCUUCUACACUCGCUUUUUCAUCCUUCUUCCGUGGAUCUUGAUAGUGAUCAUCGUGAUCGACAUCGAUACAAAGAGAUUGUCUGUUCGGAACACGGCCAGCUUUUAUUUGUCUCGGCUGGGAAAUGUGCAGCAGCAGCAGCGGCAGGUCGUCAGGACGACCCGGAGCAGCAGCACCAGCAUCAGCAGCAGCAGCAACAGCGGGAGUAACGCCACAUCUCUCCCGGUCAUUUAUGCCAUCACUCCUACUUACAGCCGAGCGGUGCAGAAAGCAGAACUCACCCGCUUGGCAAACACGUUCCGCCAGGUUCCGCAGUUCCACUGGAUCGUGGUGGAGGACUCGAACUCCCACACGGAGCUGGUUUCUCGGUUUCUCGCCCGCUCCGGGCUGCGAUUCACUCACCUGAACGUGUUCACCCCGCGCAGGUUCAAGCGGACAGGGAUGCCCCGAGCGACCGAGCAGAGGAACUUAGCGCUCGGCUGGCUGAGAGGACAUCGCUCAGUCAAAGAUAAAGGAGUCGUUUUCUUCGCGGAUGAUGAUAACACUUACAGCCUUGCGUUAUUUGAAGAGAUGCGGUCAACCAGGAGAGUGUCAGUGUGGCCGGUGGGACUCGUUGGAGGCCGGAGGUACGAGCGGCCCUUAGUGGAAAAGGGGAAAGUGGUCGGCUGGUACACAGGCUGGAAGGCCGACAGGCCAUUUGCAAUUGACAUGGCUGGUUUUGCAGUGAACCUGCAGGUGAUCCUGUCAAACCCACGUGCCCUGUUCAAGAGAAGAGGAGCCAAACCAGGGAUGCAAGAGUCUGAUUUUCUCAAACAGAUCACCAAGGUGGAGGACUUGGAGCCAAAGGCCAAGAACUGUACACAGGUCCUGGUCUGGCAUACCCGCACGGAGAAGGUCAACCUGGGUAACGAACCAAAGCGACAACAGGACUCUGUCUAUAUAGAGGUCUAGCGAGUGACACUGCACUAAGACUGUCAUAUAACACUGGAUGAAGGCCUGCCAUCAUUGGCACUUUCCAAAUCGAUGACCACCUUUGAACUUUAGGAUACCUGCUCUGGUGGAAAAGACAUGCCAAGCGGUCUCGGUAUUCUCUACUGACACUCACUGUAUAUGCUGAAGCUUCUCACUGUGUCGUCACACUGGAUUACCCGUAAUGUGUUGGAAGGAGAAACCAUGGAAAGGGUUUUUCAAAUGGCAACUGCACAUGAAAAAACGAUCUUAUUCCCAUCUUGAAGACUCUGGACACUUGGAGGAUCAGAUCAAUGUCUGUGAACGCGGUGGAAAAAGACCAGCCGCUAGAACAGAGAGGUAGAGUGUUGCUGAAGGGAAUCGAACAGCCCACAAAAACUGAAGGAUCGGUGGAUGGAAAAACCCUGGAAAUACUGUCUAAAGAGUGUGAGACACUAUUACAAGGACAGAACUUUUGGAUUACAACUGUCUUUAUUCCAAACGACCCUCGUUAAAAGCAAAAAAAAAAAAAAAAAAGGAAAUAAAAGACAACUUUACAAUAAAUGCGUCUUUAGACAAAAUGAUCACACAAUAGUUCAUGGCUAUUCACGGUUUAA